GUGCGGACGGGUCAGGAGCGUAGAGGCGGCGGCAAAAUGGCGGCGCCUGAGGAGCAGGAUCUAACUCAGGAGCAGACCGAGAAGCUGCUGCAGUUUCAGGAUCUGACUGGCAUAGAGUCCAUGGAGCAGUGUCGCCUUGCUUUGGAGCAGCAUAACUGGAAUAUGGAGGCUGCAGUCCAGGACAGACUGAAUGAGCAAGAGGGUGUACCGAGUGUUUUCAAUCCACCUCCAUCCCGACCCCUACAGGUUAAUACAGCUGAUCACAGGAUCUACAGCUAUGUUGUCUCAAGACCACAACCAAGGGGGCUGCUUGGAUGGGGUUAUUACUUGAUAAUGCUUCCAUUCCGGUUUACCUAUUACACGAUACUUGAUAUAUUUAGGUAUGCACUUAACGAUGCCAAGCGGGAACUUCGGUUUCUUUUGGUUUAUCUUCAUGGAGAUGAUCACCAGGACUCCGAUGAGUUCUGCCGCAACACGCUCUGUGCACCUGAAGUGGUCUCACUAAUAAACAGCAGGAUGCUUUUUUGGGCUUGUUCUACAAACAAACCUGAGGGGUACAGGGUUUAUAUUCUUGGUGGCUGCUGCUGUCCCACUCAGGAAGAAAGGAACCAGACCCAAGUGCUGAGACAACAACAAGAUGAAGCCUAUCUGGCUUCUCUCAGGGCAGACCAGGAGAAAGAAAGGAAAAAGAGAGAGGAACGAGAGAGGAAACGCCGAAAGGAGGAGGAGGUGCAGCAGCAGAAGCUGGCAGAGGAGAGGAGGCGGCAGAACUUACAGGAGGAAAAGGAAAAAAAGUUGGAAUGCCUGCCUCCUGAGCCAUCCCCAGAUGACCCUGAAAGUGUCAAGAUCAUUUUCAAGUUACCCAAUGAUACCAGAGUAGAGAGACGGUUCCAUUUUUCACAGUCUCUAACAGUCAUCCAUGACUUCUUAUUCUCCUUGAAGGAAAGCCCUGAGAAGUUUCAGAUUGAAGCCAAUUUUCCAAGACGGGUCCUGCCGUGUGUCCCUUCAGAGGAAUGGCCCACCCCUCCCACACUGCAGGAGGCAGGACUUGGCCACACAGAAGUUCUCUUUGUUCAGGACCUGACAGACGAAUGACACUUUUAUGCCUCCUCCCUCCCACCCUAAUCCCUGAAAGAAAUGGAAAAACAAAGAGAACAAGAGAUAAAUUCAUAAUAUUAUUAUUAUAAUACAAUAUUUUUUUUAAGAAAACUGCUGCAUCCUAAGGAAGGAUCAGAAACCAUGCUGCCUGCAAAAGUCACAACCUGUGUGCGUGUGCAAGGUCAGCAGUGAACAUACCUGCUCGGCAGACUCGCCUUCCCGCAGCCUCACCACACACCUUCCAGAGAAGAGACUUCUCCCUCAACCCAUCCAUUGUCCCGAGUGGGGAAGGAGACAUUCCCACGGUCUCUCAUUCAUUCUUGCUUUUAUAGAAAACACAGAUGGAAACCUCUACCAACCAGCUACAGCAGCAUCUCCUGAGGACGAGGGGAAGCGAGGAUGGAACAGACUGCCCACAGUUUACGAAUAACUCUGUUUCUGUUUGUUUUGUAAUGAUAAUGACCAAAGGAAUGAGGCUGACUUAGGUGUAUUUUUUUUUUCCUUGAAUUUAUUUGGUAAAGAGCCAAUGCCCUGGGUUCCUUAGCCCAAGGUAAUGUAAUAAAGGUGCCCUGGGCUACCUUGCGCUUACUUCUGCCAUUGCUCCUCUCAUGUUCCCAGAGAGGUCAUUUGUUUGGUACAGUUCUGCCACUUGUGUAUCCUGUUUCAAACAAUGAGAGGAAUUCUGGGUUUGUGACCCACAGAGGCUGUAUGUGUACAGUUUACACCUGUGUGUGGGGUGUGUACUCACCUUUACACAGAACUGCAGUUCUUUGGCAUCUGUACCAGGUGGUGGUGAGGGGUCUGGUUCCCUUGGCACAUGCUGCUCUUUCCCAGUUUUCCUAACUCACCAAGCUUGGUGCCUUUCCAAAGGAGUAGUGGGACCCAUCCUUGGGCCGCCAUUCACCCGCGUCCACCCGUCCUGUUCAGUUCAAGUGUGAUAGUGAUGUUUUAAACACUGCAGCUCUGGGAGGCACAGGCAGGCGGAUCUGUGAGUUUCAGGCCAGCCAGAGCUACAAAGUGAAACCCUGUCUCCACAGGGGAAAUGGGACUUCCCAGCCUGUGUGAGCCUUGAGAAGAAGGGCACAUUCACUUUCUGAUGAGGCUGCGUACCAGAGGCAGCUCCUAGCCUUCCUCCUUUGCCAUGGUGAAGCAACAGGAGCUUUUUCCCCCUUCUUCUAAACAUCUCGUCUGUGGUUUAGUUUAUGGUAGUGGCUACAUAGUGAAGCUGUGCAUUAACACAUGCCAAUGUGCACUGACAAGGAUUCCUAAGUGCGGGCUAGCUACACUGGUAACAGACUGACACACUGCAGCCCCGUGGAGUCCCCGUGGUCAUUAUAUACCACGAGACAAGGCAUUCCAGUCAAGGGAAAGCAUGGCUUGUGUUGUCACCUCCAGAAGCCCCUCCUAACUAGAGCAACGGCCCUCCGUGGCUUCCACUGUUAGAGUAGGCGUGGUGAGGAUGGCUUGCAGAGUCCCUGGAAAACCCCAGAAUGUCCUGUGGCCUUAGCACAGGGCUCUACAUUCUACCUUAGGAAACAUUAGCUCCAUUUGCUGUCUGCCAUAGCAGGUGAGAAACCGCUCCUGAUGCCAGAACUGCAGUGAUGGGACUGGAUGGCCCUCAGAUGAAGUCUGUCUUGGUGACAGCUAUGCAGAGGGACUUUUCCACCUGGAGCAGCCUCCCUCUCAGUUUGUAGUCGCUGUCUGUCUGCCUGGCACACAGCUGUUCUGUGGAAGUCUCUUGCUCACACCUGCUUGAGGAUGCUCCGAUUUUCCCCCUUAAUCUCAUUCUGUAAUGUAUAUAUUCUAUGCUUCUUGCCUUUUGAAAACUACAAAAUGAUAACUAGGUGCCAGAGUACUAAAGCAAGGGCCCUUCCUGCUUCCCACUCUCAAACAGUGGGUGAGUACCACCACCCCGGGGCUGUGGCUCUAUGGUAUCUGUAAGACGGUUCAUUUUCUUGCUGCUCCUAGUUCUGUCUGGGUGCCAUUUCCCCUCUUUCUACAAGAAAUAUGAAUUUGACUUUUGUCCCU